GCCGCCCGCGAUGAGCGAGAGCAGCCGCCUGUGCUCCGGCUACUACAGCCUCAACCACAGCUUCGUGGAGCCUUUCCAGUGCCCGCGGCGCGGCGACGCGGCCGCGCUCCUCUACUGCUGCGGCUUCGCAGACCUCAAGUACUGCUGCAGCGAGCCGGGCAGCUACUUCCCCUACAAGCACAGCUACAUGUGGAGCCUCAGUAUUGGUGCUCUGAUUGGAUUGGGAAUCGCUGCCCUUGUCUUACUUGCCUUCGUCAUCAGUGUCUGUGUCCUUUGCUACUUAUUUCUAUACACAAAACCUCAACGAUUAGACAAUGGCCUUAAACUUCAGCACCUAGAGGUAUCUUCUACCCUAGAAGGUAAGCUGAAUCUAAAAGCCAAAGGCCUCAUUUCAAAUGCAGCAUCAAAUUCAACCAAUGAGACCUUCUAUGAAGCUGAUGAUGUGAUUCAAGAAAAAACAAUGGAAACCACACAGAUCAAUGUUGCCUGUUAGCUAAAGUCCCUGUU